CUUUUCUCAAGAGGCAGAUCCCAUUUAGAAGGAGAACCUGAUUAAAUGACACAUAUUAAAAGCAGGUUUCUUUCUUUCUCUAAUUCAUUAAAUUAUUAUAUCAACCAAAAGUUACAUGUGAAUUGUGAUGACAUAAAUCUGACCUAACCAUAAAAGGGCUUAAUAUAAAUGUCAUAUUCUUAGCUUUGCUUGCCAACAGUUGUUUCAUUUCUGUCUCUUUUCUUCUCCAUUCUCUGUUCUCUUAGAAGAAAUUAAACAGUGUUUUCUACCCUUUUAUGUAUAACAAAGAAGAAAUGCCAUCUUUCUUGGAGCUAAUUAAUUCUCAAGGAUCAGGUUUAUUCUUGGAGGAUGAUAGAUUGGUUUCCAGUUCUGAGUCAAGUUCUUCAUUAGAAGAGGCUUCUUCUGGUUCUGGCAAUUCUGUCAAUAUGGUUAGUCCUGAAUUUGCAGAGUUUUCCAAACAGAACAUGAUCAAUGAAUAUAAUGAUCAUGUACAUUCUUUUGUUUCUGGUUCAUCAACUAAGUUAGGCAGCCAUGGAAACCAAACUCCCUGGAAUUUCCUUGAAUCAUUCCCUGCAAUAAGAGAAUCAUUAUCAUCAUCCCAAGCUCCUCCUGAUCAUCAUCAACCUUGUUCUUUCCCAAACUUAGGUUUGUUUCUACAGGAGCCAUCUGUUCUUGAUGUAUCGAAAAAAGCCGCAGAAUCGGUAGGAAAAGCUCAGAAAUCUGAGCCUGUGCUAUCUUGUCAGAACCCUUUGUUUCCUAUGUCUCAGGCAGGAACAGAAUGGCUGAAAAUCAAUCAGAACAUCACAAACAAUGCGCAAAAAGGCGGGUUCAGCGAGUUCUGGCUGAGUACUACAAAAACUCAACCAAUGAAGUUCACAGGGAGAAGGAUCAGCAACAGCAACAUUCAGAGGAGUCCUGUUUCAUCAUAUUCAACAUCUCAGAGGAAACUUUUCAGGGGAGUUAGGCAAAGGCAUUGGGGAAAAUGGGUAGCAGAGAUACGGUUACCGCGAAACAGGACAAGAGUUUGGUUGGGGACAUUUGACACAGCAGAGGAAGCAGCUUUUGCUUAUGAUACAGCUGCUUAUAUGUUAAGAGGAGAUUAUGCACAUUUGAAUUUCCCUGAUUUGAAACAUCAAAUAAAGGCCAAUUCAGUGAGUUGCAACACUGCAGCACUUCUUGAAGCCAAAUUGCAGGCAAUACAACAGAAUUUAUCUGCUAAUACUGCAAAUAAGUGCCCUGAUCAGCCAUCAACAGCAACAAAGCCAUCUGUUUUAAACAAUAACUUGAGCCAUAUUUCGACGGCCCAUAAGGAUAUUCAGUGGCCUAAUUUAGGCUUAACUGACUGCAAAACUGAAACUGCGAUUAUGGUUGACCAUCAUAGCAGCAGCAAGCAAAAAAGCCAUGAAAGUGGUUUAUCAGAUUUGGAUAGUGCUGUUCAGUUGAGUAGAAUGCCAUCUUUGGAUAUGGAUACCAUCUGGGAUGCUCUUCUUGUUUCUGAUUCAUGACAUUUUUACAGUGGAAAAUAUUCCUUAUGAUGAUCAUGUAAUUUUAUUAGUUCAUCCUUCAUGAUGGCAAUUUUCCAAAGAGCAAAUUAUUUCUUGAA